AUGCUUAAUAAUCCUACAGGAAUAUUUGUUGACGACAACCCUACCUUAUAUAUAGCAGAUUCUGGUAACAACAGAAUUCAGUUAUUUCAGUUAGGAAACUUGAAUGGAAAAACAGUAGCAGGAAGCGACGCACCAGAAACAAUAAUACUUAAUAAUCCUACACAUGUGACACUUGAUGCUGACGGUUAUUUAUUUAUUGUAGACAGCGGAAAUAAUCGUAUUGUUGGGUCUGGACCUAAUGGUUUUCGAUGUUUAGUCGGUUGUUCAAGUACAUCAGGUUCACCAUCGAACCAACUGAAUGCUCCUUACAGUAUGGCUUUCGAUAGCUAUGGAAAUAUUUAUGUCACUGAUACUGGAAAUAAUUGUGUUAAAAAUUUUCGUUUGGCAACUAAUUCUUGUAAAAGUAUAACAAAUAUUCUUCAAACAGGUACAUCAUCAAUCAUGACUUCAGUAGGAAAUCUUUCAUCGAUGUCAUAUCAACAAGUCGUUGCAAAAUCAUUAGAUGAUGCGUCCAAUGCAUUAAAACUUAUUGCUGGCACUGGCUGUUCUGGAUCUGCAAUGAAUAUGCUUAAUUAUUCUCAAGGAAUAUUUGUUGAUGUUAAUUUUAACUUAUAUAUAGCAGAUUCUGGUAACAAUAGAAUUCAAUUAUUUCGAUCGGAUCAAUUAAAUGGAACAACAUUAGCAGGAAGUGGAGCACCAGAAACUAUUAUACUUAAUAAUCCUACAGAUGUUGUACUUGAUGUUGAUGGUUAUUUAUUUAUUGUAGACAGUAAUAAUAAUCGUAUUGUUGGGUCUGGAUCUAAUGGUUUUCGAUGUAUAGUCGGUUGUUCAAAUACAUUUGGUGUAGCCUUGAAUCAGUUGUAUAUUCCUCAUAGUAUGGCUUUUGAUAGUUAUGGAAACAUAUAUGUUACUGAUGCUGGGAAUAAUCGUCUGCAAAAGUUUUCAUUAUCUCCUACUUCGUGUAAUACAGUAAUAACCGAAGCCAUGUCAACAACAUUAAGUCAAACAUCAACACAAAUUCUACAAACACAAUCGACAACAAUAGAACAACAAUCAUCGAUGAGAACAAGUGUUGAAACAAGCCUUUCAACAAAUACUACAACUUCAAUGAUCAUCACAUCAUCAAUCAACAAUACAACAACAACAACAACAUCACCGAUUUCAUCAAAUCAAAGCUGUUUUUCACCUAUCAUAACAUUAAGUCCUAGUAAUUCAUCUUUAACAUCACCGUUACAAUAUCGACAAAGCGAAGAUUUUUCUAUUAGUUCAUAUAUUCAACUAAAUUGUAAUAGUUCACUUUCUAUUAUUACAAAAUGGAUCAUUAGUACAUGUAUAUCAACUUGUUCAUUUCCAAGUUAUCUAGGACAAACAAUAAAAACACACUUAAGUGAAAUUUUUAUUCCAGCAAGAACAUUUAAUUAUGGUAUUUAUAAGUUAACAUUAACUGUUACAAUGUCGAUUGCAUCUUAUUUAACUUCAUCAAUUUCUGCUUAUGUUAAAAUAAUUCUAUCAAAUCUUACAGUUAAUAUUAUUCAAUUUGGUACUUCAAUGAUUACACAAGGAUAUCAACAAGAUCUUAUUCUUGAUCCAGAAAAAUAUUCAAUUAAUCCUGAUACAAAUACAUUUAAUGCCAGAAAUUUUUUAACUAUUGAUGAUUCAAGAAUUGAUUUAAAUAAUCCAUCAUGUUUAUCAAAUCAAUCAAAUAAUGGAACAAAAUCUUCAUUAAUUAUUUUUUCUAAUUCAUUAAAAUCAAAUGAAAUUUAUCAAUUUAAAGUUUCUAUGAAAAAUCUUCAAAAUUCUUCUACUCAAGCUAUUGAAAUUCUACAAACAUCUACAAGUGAAAUAACAAAUAAUCCAAUUGUACAAAUACUUAAUAGUGGUAAUCAAAAUGCAAUUAGUCAAAUAAUAAGUUCACUUUCACAAGAAUUUAAUGAAAUAAAUUUUGAAACAAUUGAAAAUGUUAUUGCAAAUGGUAUUCCAAUGUCCAAUAUUGUUUCUUCUGUUUCAUACAAUGUAUCUGCUUUGAUUGAAUACAAUAGACAAAUAAAUAUUUAUGCUAAUGCACGAGAUUAUUUGAUAACAUUUACAACAAAUAUUGUUGUCACAAAUGUGAAUAGUAUUAAACUUCAAGCAUCAUCAUUAGCACAAUUGACUCAAUCAACAAAUCAAAUAACACGAACAGAUUCAAUGCUUGCCUCAGAAAAAUGUUAUCAAUUAGCUUUUGCUCUAUCUUCAUUAGCAACAAAAGUUCCUUAUGAAGAUGUUCAAAUAGCAGCAACACAAAUUGCAUAA